UUCAGCUUGUCCAAGAAGAUCUUACGUCUGAAAAGGCGUGCAUUGUGAGAUCAACAGAAAUUUAGAUCCUAAGUCGAACGGUGACAAAGUGAUCACCCGCAGAAGGAAAUCUGGAUUCAGGGAAUGCGCUGAUCUAAAAUUCCAUGCAAGAUCUUCCAAUUUUCAGUGACCAAAAAGCGACUGCUUUUGAGCAGCGAGAUCAGCAUCAAGACCAAGAUCAACUAGCUCUUUGCUCCUCUAUAUCAACAUUAUCCCCCAAGUUUUGCUUUUAUGAUGAUUUCUCUUUGUCAGACCCAGUGACCUCACCGUAGGGGAGGAUGAGAAUAGAUUCAGAAGUCUUACAAGGAGGUUCGAUAGAAAAAGGUAGUAUUCGUGAUAACUCGCAAGGCCGUUAAGGGUUUGAAAGAAUAUAUAAAAGAAGAGCAGCUAGAAGAAGUUUGCAAGAAAAAUAUUGAUUUUUUCUGCUUGCAUUUAGCUUUCUCAUAGAGCUAUAGUAGGCAAAAUGGGUAAAGGUGGCAAAGGAAAAGGUGGCUUCGGCAAGGGAAAGGGCAAGAGCUGGGAGCCCGAAGGUCCCCCAGAAUGGGUUGAGGAGGUUGGCUCAACAAUGCACACGUGCGAGGAUCAGCUUAUCGUUAAGUGCACCCACAAGCGAGUACCCCAGUUUAACGCAAGAAUUUUCCUCGAGAACAAGGAACAGAUAGGUAUAGAUACUUUGAUUUUUGAUUUAUGUGCUUGAUUUUCGUUUAUGAUUUCUUGACCAGGUUACAUAUCAGUGUGUGGUUAAUUCCUAAAGCAGGAUAUGUUAUCCAAGCAUGCGGUUGCAUAUGCGUAAUUCGCAUAAUGUUGAACUAGGCAAUAAUAUCCUUUUACCUCUCGCCCAUCUCUCUGCCGACGACACUACCAGGCUCUCUCGACGAAAUUUUCGGACCGAUUAACGACUACAUGUUCUCGAUAAAGAUGUCCGAGGGUAUGAAAGCGUCAUCAUUUAAGCAAGGCUCAAAGUUGUUCAUCGACCCAAUGAAAACCUUGGACUUCUCCCGAUUUCUCCCGCAGAACGCUGGAGGAGGCGGCAAAGGUAUUCAUCUCUUUCAGAAUCGUUGGGAUUAUGUCGUUGCUUUAUUGAUAUAUUCUAGAAUCUGUUUCGGACUCUCUUGGAAAACGGUUAAUGAUUGUUUGAAGACUGUACUUUUUACGAUGCAAGAUCAUGGGUUCCUCUUUGAAACAAACUACUUCAGGUAAAGGCAAGGGAAAAGGAAAAGGCAAAGGUGGCGACAAGGGCGGUAAGGGUAAAGGAAAGGGAAAGGGAAAAGGCAAGGGCGGCGACAAGGGAGUAUCAAAGGGUGGCGGUAAGCCAUUCACCGGUCGUGGCGGUAAGGGCGGAAAGUAAGAAAGCCUACGAAGCAUACAACGCGCCUUGUCUACACUGGACGAAAACCUUGAAAUUUUUUAUUGGAACUUGUAACGCUUUGCUGACGCUUCUUUGAAAUUACGAACUUUUAUGAUUUUACGCUUUUCUACAUCGCACAAACAACAAUGAGAACUGGGACCUCUAGAAGGGAUGCACGCACGAUAGAGGAGAGAACCCAGCAAGAACUAUGUAUUUCUGAAUGGUACUAAUGCUUUCGCACAAAUGAAUUCUUAUUUGGGAAUGAUUUGCUGAUUGGACAACGCUAGGCCGACUUUUUGGUUGGUAACAAAUAACGAUUGACAAGGCGCAUUAAAUGAAGCAAUCAACUAGGCAAGAAGAUGAACAAGGCACUUCAUCCACAACUCCACGUCCGAAUUGGCUCUACUACAAGUUGCAAGGUUGAGUCCAG